GACACCUCCUCUACAGCCCACACAGAACUGCCACUGAGAGAAGUGUUAUGUCAGGACCCAGGCCGGUUGUUCUGAGCGGCCCCUCAGGAGCAGGGAAGAGCACUCUUAUGAAGAUGCUACUGAGGGAUUAUGAUGGAGUCUUCGGCUUCAGCGUGUCACAUACAACACGGGGCCCACGUCCAGGAGAGGUAGAUGGCAAAGAUUACCACUUCUCAAACAGGGAGGCUAUGCAGGAGGAUAURGAUGAUGGGAAAUACAUUGAGAAUGCUGAGUUUUCCGGCAACCUGUAUGGAACAAGCAAGUCUUCUGUASAUGACGUGAGGGCCACGGGCCUCAUCUGCAUCUUAGAUGUGGAGAUCCAGGGAGUGAYGAACAUCAAGGAGACUGAUCUGGACCCCAUCUAUGUUUCUAUCCAGCCRCCCUCUAUUGAGAUCCUGGAAAAGCGUCUGAGGGACAGAAAUACUGAGACAGAGGAGAGUCUGCAGAAGCGUCUGGAGGCAGCGCGAGUUGACAUGGAGCUCAGCAACGAGCCAGGAAUGUUUGACGCGCUUAUAGUCAAUGAUGAUUUAGAGGGGGCGUAUGAGAAGUUGCAAAAUGUUCUUAUUGAGGAAAUAACGAAGGUUCAGUCGGCCAAGAAAGAAAGAUGCAAUUCUGUUAUGUCAGGACCCAGGCCGGUUGUUCUGAGCGGCCCCUCAGGGGCAGGGAAGAGCACGCUGCUGAAGAAACUGCUGAAGGACUACACGGGAGUGUUCGGCUUCAGCGUGUCACAUACAACCCGGGAUCCACGUCCAGGAGAGGUAGAUGGCAAAGGCCUGUUCUGUCUGCCUAUGCUUCUGGGGGCUACAUUACUGCCCCUAGCAGACGUCCUAUCGUCUGUUUCAUCUGCAGAUUACCACUUCACAAACAGAGAGGCUAUGCAGGAGGAUAUUGACACGGGAGAAUUCAUUGAGACUGAUGAGUUUUCUGGCAACCUGUAUGGAACAAGUAAGUGUGCUGUACAGGACGUGAGGGCCAAGGGCCUCAUUUGUAUUUUGGAUGUGGAUAUUGCGGGAGUGAGACACAUCAAGGAAACUGACCUGGACCCCAUCUAUGUUUCAAUCCAGCCCCCCUCCAUUGAGGUCCUGGAAGAGCGUCUGAGGGAUAGAGCGACGGAGACGGAGGAGAAGAUCCAGAGCCGCCUGGAGGCGAGGCAGACGGAGUUGACAGGGAGGAGUAGCGACGGAGACGGAGAGAAGAUCCAGAGCCGCCUGGAGGCAGCACGGGAUUGA